ACUUGGCAAGAUGAACACUCGGCUCCAUUCUCCUGGGAAACGAAGAGUCAGAUGGAGUUCAGCGUUGCAUCUCUGUCCAUACAAGAACAAGGUGGUGCCCAGUCGCAAAAUGAACAGAGGCAGCCCGUUAAAGCAGCACCUGGUGUCCAAGUCCCUAAAUCUUCUCAGGCCAAUAAGACCCCUGGCUCUGAUGGGUUGAUAGCAGCCAGAAAGGAAGAGGAGUCCUCUUUCUGGAAGAUCAAUGCAGAGCGCUCAAAGUUUGAAGGAGACAAGUCUGAGUUCCAGUCCCUGACCCCCAGCCAGAUCAAGUCCAUGGAGAAAGGAGAGAAACCCCUUCCCUCUUUUUACAGACAAGAGUCUACUCCAAAGGAGAUGGUAAAAGCUGAGAAGCCCAGCAUAACUAAACCAGAGAAGCCUGUUGCCCCCAGCCUACCUUCUGUAUCUCUCGAAUGGGAAAAACCUCGACCCGCUCAACUCCCUGCUAGUUCUCUAGAUGACUUCUUUCUUCCUGACCCGCCACAGGACCUGGCAUCUUCUAGGACAAACAAGGAAGAUACUGAUGGUACUGUACUUACAGAUCCACAGAUGCCUGGACAGACUAGUACAAGCAAUGUUAUCUUGAAGACUGGCUUUGAUUUUCUAGACAACUGGUAAAAGAUACUUCAAAAUAGAUCAAACCAAUUUUGGGGAAGGAGUGGAAUGUCUUUCUCCUUGUAUGUUAAUUUACUAGCAUUUGUGUCUUUUUCUAGAAGUAACUUUCAAACUCUUAAAUGUUGCCUUUGUAUAAACUUUUGUAAUACCAUAUGCAUUUUUGGUUUUUAAACAGUGAUAGAAGUGUGGUUUCAUUUGGAUAUUUUUUUAAUAUUUGUUAAAAUUUUCAGUAGCUACUGUAUUGAGAGGAUGGGAGAAGUUACCAUACACAUGUUAAAGAAAAACAAAUGAGAGCCUCCAUUUCCUAGAAAUGGAACCUACAGGACCAGAUUGCUGUUUUCAGUCGAAACCCUGCUAGCAUGGCUUGUAAGAAAUAGCGUUGCACAUGCAAUGGUUCCAAAUAAGCAAAUAAUUCCAUACUUCAGAUAACUUAGCAAAAACAGUAUGAGAAAUAAGAGUACAGAAGAAUUGCAUUGAUUUCUAUAUUUCAUUUAGUUUGAAAGUAACUUUUGUACCACUUAUUUGAAAACACUUUUUUCUUUUGAAGAGGCCAAAGGCAUUGCCAAAAUGGUGGAUCCAAAGAAGCACUGUGUUUGUACCCUACAAAUCACUAAAAUAACAUAAAAGUG